CAUUUUCAUUGACAGACAGCUGACAGUUUGAGUAGAAUUGGAAAAACAUUAAUUCUGAUCCGUCGUAGGGUAAAUACUUGUUUAGAUCCGAAUGUGUUUCAAUAAGGAAAAUUCUCAUAACUGAUUGUGAAAAAAGCCGGUGCCAUGAUUCGAGAAGAUGACCCUCGGUUUAGGAUUACUCCAUUCCAGCAAAUGGCAUCAGCAUGUUCCGGUGCUCUUAUAACCUCGUUAUUCAUGACUCCCCUAGAUGUUGUUAAAAUUAGGCUUCAGGCGCAGCAGAAGGCGAUGCUCUCAAAUAAAUGUUAUUUGUAUUGCAAUGGUCUUAUGGAACACAUAUGCCCCUGCGGAGACUCUGCUUGGAUACCGAGACGAGUACAUUUCAAUGGCACAAUGGAUGCUUUCUAUAAAAUAGCAAAAUUAGAAGGAGUUCCUGCAUUAUGGUCUGGAUUAAGUCCGACAUUAGUCCUAGCUCUUCCGUGUACAGUAAUUUAUUUUGUUACAUAUGAACAACUGAGGUAUAGGAUGAAAACAAAUUACAAUAAUUAUAGUAAUAAACCGGGACAACCAAUGUGGAUACCAAUGUUUGCAGGAGCAACAGCCAGAACGAUAGCCGUUACAAUUGUCAGUCCUCUAGAACUUAUAAGAACAAAAAUGCAAUCGAAAAAGCUGAGUUACGCAGAUAUAAUGUCCGCAUUACGGCAAGUUAUAAAAUAUGAAGGCUAUAAAGGACUCUUUCGUGGACUCGGCUCUACAUUGUUGAGAGAUGUACCAUUCUCAGGUUUAUACUGGACCACAUUUGAGACAACAAAGAACUUAUUUAACAAACCGGACUCGGAAAAGAAUACAUUUUUGUUUAAUUUCUUAUGUGGAUCUGUCGCAGGCAGUAUUGCGGCUUUAGUAACACUUCCAUUUGACGUUGUCAAAACACAUCAACAAAUAGAAUUAGGUGAAAAAGAAAUCUAUACAGAUGGUAAAGUCCAUCAAAGAGCUUCAAAUAUGAAGGAUAUAGCGCACACUAUAUACACCAAACAUGGCUUUAAAGGAUUGUUCACUGGUUUCCUGCCACGAAUAUUCAAAGUGGCACCAGCAUGUGCAAUUAUGAUUGCAACCUUCGAAUAUGGAAAACAGUUUUUCCAAACAUAUAACACCCAGAAAUAUAAGGAAAAAAUGCAAAGUAAAGGAAUAGAAAUCACAAUAAUUAAAACUACAGAUUGAUAAAUGGACUUAAAAGAUUAAGGCACCAAGAAAUAGUGUUGAUGACCCAAACAUCAGCCAAAAAUGAUUAUUCGUAAUACAACAAAUGGAAACUAUCAAUGUUUAGUAAAAUAUUAGAAUAUGAUAAAUGUGAUAGAACUGUAGUACAGUUUAAGUAUUUUAUGGCUGUUCAUAUUGUUUACGGUUACCAAAUGUACACUAACUUUUAAAAGUACCAUUUACAAUUGGUAUGUAGUUAAAAUAAUAUUUUUUUUCGAAUGUUGUCAACUUAGUACACGCUAAUGCAUAUUUUUAGGAAUUAAUGUUAGGAUGACAAUUUGCAAGUAAUACACUAUCAUAUACCUUAAGUAUUGAAUGAAGGAACCAGUGGGUUCUAUAUUCACAUUAUUUCUUAGUAUGGGAAAAAUAAAUAAAGUAUGAGAAAAAUAAAUAAAGUAUGAGAAAAAUAAAUAAAGUAUGAGAAAAAUAAAUAAAGUAUGAGAAAAAUAAAUAAUAUUAAAUUGAAUAGGUAUAUUAGUGACCAGUCAGUCCUUACGCUAAUUUUAAUUGAAUAUUAUUAAUAGUAUAAUUUAAACUGUCUGUUGUUGAUACAAAUGUUUUUGAUUAUUGUUUUCUUUUUUUGUUUUAUUAUUAUAUUUUAUUUUAUUUUGUAUACUUGGAAACUAUGUAAAUAUGACAACAGAAAUUACGGUUUGUAAAUAUUUUUCCAAUGACUUUGUAAAUAGUAUGGAAUAAACUAUUGUUAUAUUUUAA